AUGCCCGGACUUAUUGGCGUCAAUGAGUUCGUUGACGAAACAAGGGAGGAUUACAACUCCCCAACAACCUCAACAUUUGUCUCUCGUAUGCCCCAGUGUAGACAGACAAUUUCAAAUUUGGAAGAGACGCUUGAUUUUGACAGAGAUGGCCUUACUAAACUUAGGAAAGCUAUUAAAUCUAUUCACAACUCUGGGAACUCUCAUGUUGACAACGAAAUGUAUUUUGCUAGAAUUUUGGAAAGGCUGGGUGGUAAUGCUAUGUCCAAAGAUCAGGAACCUGAUAUAGGUGCUGCUUUUCUCAAAUUUGCUGUUGUUACUAAAGAACUUUCUGCCCUGAUGAAAACUCUGAUGCAAAAUAUCAACAACAUUGUGAUGUUUCCAUUGGAAAGUUUAUUGAAAGGGGAUCUGCGUGGUGUUAAGGGUGAUUUGAAAAGACCAUUUGAUAGAGCUUGGAAAGAUUAUGAAGCCAAAUAUGCAAAAAUUGAAAAAGAGAAAAAACAGCAAGCCAAAGAAGCUGGUUUGAUUAGGACAGAGGUGACAUCUGCUGAAAUAGCUGAUGAUAUGGAGAAAGAGAGAAGACUAUUUCAGCUCCAAAUGUGUGAGUACUUGAUUAAAGUCAAUGAAAUCAAAACAAAGAAGGGAAUUGAAUUACUUCAACAUCUUGUAGAAUAUUACCAUGCCCAAACAAAUUAUUUCCAAGAUGGUCUGAAAACAAUUGAACACUUUGGCAACUAUGUUGCUGAUUUAUCUCUAAAGUUACAAAAGGUGAGACAAAAGCAAGAUGAGGAAAGGAGGCGACUUACCGAGUUACGAACUUUGUUGAGGAGUUCACCUGGGCUUGAAAAAGAAUGUGCUGAGUCAGAAACUGAAGUCAGAAAAGUUUCAUCAGGAACCAUUUUUAAGAAAAAUGAGGUUGAAGUUGAAAAAACGAAAAUUUUGAAAAUAAUGGGGCAUACACCUGAGAAAGGAGCGGGAUAUUCACUUCAUCAACUUCAGGGUGACAAAGGAGCUGGCCUCACCAGAACUGGCCAUUUAUUGAAGAAGUCUGAAGGGAAGAUGAGAAGAGUGUGGCAGAAAAGAAGAUGUUGCGUCCAGGCUGAUGGCUUCCUUGACAUAUGCCAUGGUGACGAGUCAAAACCUCCUGUUAGAGUUAACCUUCUCACCUGUCAGAUCAAACUUGUCCCAGAUGACAAAAGAUGUUUUGACCUAGUGUCAUACAAUCGUACUUAUCACUUUCAAGCUGAAGAUGAAAAUGACCAAAGAGCUUGGAUGUCGGUUCUAGUAAAUUGUAAAGAGGGGGCACUUCUCAAAGCCUUUGAUGAUGGUAGCAAAUCCUCAGGUGGUGCUACAACUAACCCAAGCCUUCUAGAACUUCAGCAGGCCAUCAUCAGGCAUAUCCAACGGUUACCAAGUAAUGAUAGGUGCUGUGACUGUAAUUCUCAAAACGACACUACAUGGCUGUGUAUAAAUUUCGGAGUUGUCGUCUGUAUUGAAUGUUCCGGCAUCCAUCGAGAUCUUGGAGUCCACAUUUCUAGAAUACAAAGCCUUACGUUAGACCAUCUUGGUACAUCUCAAUUACUUCUUGCAAGGCAUAUGACUAAUCAAGGUUUUAAUGAAGUAAUGGAGGCUACAUUGCACUCUGGUAGCAAACCUACACCAUCGAGCUCCAUGGAAGAAAGGUAUGAUUUCAUAAGGGCUAAGUAUGUCGAUAAGAAGUAUGCUAUGACAACAUGCUCUGACGAACACGAAUUGCUGUCAGAUUUAGAACAUGCUGUCAACAAUAAGAACCUCUACCAUCUGCUCCAGGUGUUUGCCGAAGGUGUUGAUUUAGGUGCUCCUUUACCAUCAUCGGAUUGUGGUGAAACUGCACUUCAUUUGGCUGUGAUUAGGGAAAUGGGCGCUUCUCUUCACCUUGUUGACUUUUUAGUACAAAAUAUGUCUUCAUCAGGCAUUGACAGGCAGACUGUAGUUCUGGGUGACAGGGGAGGUGAUAGUGCUCUUCAUAUGGCUGCGCUUCAUGAUAAAACAGAAUGUAUGAAGCUUCUGUUGAGGAGUGGUGCCGAUCCUGUGCUUCACAACGCCCAGGACAAGACACCUCUCGACAUUGCACAAGAAAGGGGCCAUUCCUCGUGUGAGGAGUUGAUUCGUCAUGCCCUCCAAAGGCAAAAAUCGCUAUUUGAGAACAUCAACAUUGACUGGAAUUUAACACAUGAUGAUGGCUCUACAGAUUUUUCUGAUGACGAGACUAUUAUAGAGGAUAGGAAUGGUUGUGUUACGCCUGAGAGGAAGACAGCUUCUAGACCCCCAAGCUAUGCUGAGUCACCAGUAAAUAUGAGGUCACGGUCGUCUACUUGUGAUAGUCUCAAGUCGGGCAGUUUUCGUCAGCCUCCUCCACCACUGCCCCACACGAAAAAACCUCAACACCAUCAAAUGCCUUGUCACCCAAUAAGUAAAAAGCCUCCAGCACAGCCGGUGGUUCCGGACAUGGGUACUCUAGGCUCGGUAAAGAAGAGAGCCGCCCCGUUACCACCUCCACAAGGCUACAACUAUUCCACCUUGCCCGCUACCCACAACCGCAGCCCCUCUGAUCCAAAUCCAUCCUACCACAAGAGGUCCCCAUCAACUGAUUCAACUCGGGCUCUACACCUCGCUGGUGCCAAAUUAGUCAUUCCUCCUGGGGAAAUACCGGCACUUAAGGCAACGGGAAUCGACAAAACAGGCAGUAUUCAGAGACCAAGAGGCCCUCCACCACCUGCUCCUUCGCCGCGGCUGUCGAACGGACAGUCGACAGAGAGUAUCACCUCGUUAGCAUCUGAUGCAGAACCUCCGAAUCCUGUUCCUCCUCCAAGGAAGCCUUACUUCUACUGCCCGCUAGAGGAGACGCCAGGACCUCCAAGGUGUCGUGCCCUCUAUGACUGUCAGGCAGAUAACGAAGAUGAACUCUCAUUCAGGGAGGGAGAUAUCAUCCUGGUAACGUCCAUGUCGACUGAGGAUGAGAACUGGAUGGAGGGCGCUCUAGAAAGAGAGCCUUCUGUGCGUGGCAUGUUCCCAAUCAGCUUUGUCCACAUGAUUCAGGACUGA